UACGCCCAUCCUGGCAGCCUGGGGCCCUUCUCCCUGGCAUACCAACACCAUGGAUUCCCCAGGGUACAACUGCUUUGUGGACAGAGACAAAAUGGAUGCUGUAAUCCAGGACCUGGGGCCAAAGGAACUAAGCUGCACUGAGCUGCAGGAGCUAAAGCAGCUGGCACGCCAGGGAUAUUGGGCUCAGAGCCACGCCCUGAGGGGAAAGGUGUACCAGCGUCUGAUCCGGGACAUCCCCUGCCGCACAGUCACACCUGAUGCCAGUGUGUACAGUGACAUUGUGGGCAAAAUUGUGGGCAAGCACAGCAGCAGUAGCCUGCCCCUGCCAGAGUUUGUGGACAACACCCAGGUGCCCAUCUAUUGCCUGAAUGCUCGGGGCGAGGGUGCCGUGCGCAAAAUCCUCCUGUGCAUUGCCAACCAGUUCCCUGACAUCUCCUUCUGCCCUGCCCUGCCAGCCGUAGUGGCCCUGCUACUUCACUACAGCAUUGAUGAGGCUGAAUGCUUCGAGAAAGCCUGCCGCAUCCUGGCUUGCAAUGACCCCAGCAAGAAGCUAAUUGACCAGAGUUUCCUGGCCUUUGAGUCAUCCUGUAUGACAUUUGGGGACCUGGUAAACAAGUACUGCCAGGCGGCCCACAAGCUGAUGGUGGCUGUGUCAGAGGAUGUCCUGCAGGUCUACUCUGACUGGCAGCGCUGGCUGUUUGGAGAGCUGCCCCUCAACUACUUUGCCCGUGUCUUUGAUGUCUUCCUGGUGGAAGGCUACAAGGUGUUAUACCGCGUCGCUCUGGCCAUCCUCAAGUUCUUUCACAAGGUGAGAGCUGGUCAGCCUCUUGAGUCAGACAAUGUAAAGCAGGACAUCCGCAUGUUUGUCAAGGAUAUUUCUAAGACGGUGUCCCCUGAGAAGCUGCUAGAGAAAGCAUUUGCCAUCCGUCUCUUCUCCCGCAAGGAGAUCCAACUCCUGCAGAUGGCCAAUGAGAAAGCACUGAAGCAGAAAGGUAUCACGGUCAAGCAGAAGAGUGUCUCACUUUCUAAAAGGCAAUUUGUGCACCUGGCCGUCCAUGCAGAGAACUUCCGCUCUGAGAUUGUCAGCGUGAAGGAGAUGAGAGAUAUCUGGUCUUGGGUCCCUGAGCGGUUUGCCCUUUGCCAGCCCCUUCUACUUUUCUCCUCAUUGCAGCAUGGGUACAGUCUAAGCAGGUUCUAUUUCCAGUGUGAGGGACACGAACCUACCCUCCUGCUCAUCAAGACCACACAGAAGGAGGUGUGUGGAGCUUAUCUAUCAACAGACUGGAGUGAGAGAAACAAGUAUGGAGGCAAACUGUCCUUCUUCGGAACUGGAGAGUGCUUUGUAUUUAGGCUGCAGCCAGAGGUACAGCGUUACGAGUGGGUAGUCAUCAAGCACCCAGAGCUUACCAAGCCCGUACCCUGCACAUCCUCCCACUCCAGCUGUUCAGACCCAGCUGACCGACUCUCACCAUUCCUGGCUGCUCGGCACUUCAACCUGCCCUCCAAGACUGAGUCCAUGUUCAUGGCUGGGGGCACUGACUGCCUCAUCAUCGGGGGAGGGGGUGGCCAGGCGCUCUACAUCGACGGGGACCUGAACCGGGGCCGCACGGGACACUGCGACACUUUCAACAACCAGCCCCUCUGCUCAGAGAACUUCCUCAUCGCUGCUGUGGAGGCCUGGGGCUUCCAAGACCCUGAUACCCAGUGAUGGGCCUGCGCUGAUGAGCCUGAAGCUCUUGGUGGGCCUUUCCUUGCUGCAAGUCCACCUGAAGAGGUGGCCCCAGGAGGGACUUUCUUUGAUCAACCUCCCAAACAGCCAGUGCCAUUCCCAGAGGCCUGCCCAGAGAUGCCUGGACUUGCUGU